GUGAAGUUCCAAGAGUCGUGUCCGGCGUGACUUUUGGGAAGGGAGGCGCUGGCGUUUUCGCGAUGUUGAGGUGUCGACGGCUCUUGGGUCUGGUGUUGCCCCGGCAACAGCUCAUGUUAUAUAGCUGUAGAUGGUGUUCUUCAGGAAUUUUUCCCAAUGAAAAGAUCCGGAACAUAGGCAUUUCUGCGCACAUUGACUCAGGAAAGACUACAUUAACUGAACGUGUACUAUUUUAUACAGGAAAGAUAGCAGAAAUGCAUGAGGUAAAAGGGAAAGAUGGGGUAGGGGCUGUCAUGGACUCCAUGGACUUGGAACGACAGCGAGGGAUCACUAUUCAGUCUGCCGCAACGUACACCUUGUGGAAAGGCACAAAUAUUAACAUAAUUGAUACCCCAGGGCACGUUGAUUUCACAAUAGAAGUAGAAAGGUCACUGAGAGUUCUCGAUGGAGCCAUUCUCGUCUUGUGUGCUGUUGGAGGGGUUCAGUGCCAGACAAUGACAGUGAACAAACAAAUGAAGCGAUACAAUGUUCCGUUCUUGACCUUUAUCAAUAAAUUGGAUCGCACGGGCUCAAACCCAAACAGAGCAAUACAACAACUAAGAACCAAGCUGAAGCAGAAUGCUGCUUUUAUUCAGAUUCCUAUGGGACUGGAGGGUGAAUUCAGAGGAGUUGUUGAUUUAAUUGAAGAAAAAGCUAUAUACUUUGAAGGUGACUUUGGCCAGAUUGUUAAAUAUGAUGACAUCCCUUCUGAGUUCAGAGCAGAGGCCACAGAUCGCCGCCAGGAACUGAUUGAAUGUGUUGCAAACAUAGAUGAAAAACUUGGAGAGCUUUUUCUUGAAGAGAAGAUCCCAACAGUGACUGAUUUGAAGCUUGCAAUCAGAAGAACAACUCUCAAUAAGACCUUCACACCUGUUCUGCUUGGAAGUGCCCUGAAGAAUAAAGGGGUGCAACCUCUGUUGGAUGCUGUUCUAGCAUAUCUCCCAAAUCCAUCAGAAGUGCAGAAUUAUGCAUUACUCAACCAGGAGGAUACGCCGGAAAAAUCCAGGAUUUUGCUAGGUUCUGCGAGAAAUGAUUCCCUGCCAUUUUUGGGCCUGGCAUUUAAACUUGAGGCUGGACGUUUUGGGCAGCUGACAUAUGUUCGUGUUUAUCAAGGGAUGCUAAAGAAAAGUAGCUAUGUCUAUAACACCAGGACUGGGAAAAAGACACGGGUGCAAAGGUUCGCUCGCAUGCAUGCAGACAAGCUGGAGGAUGUGGAAGAGGUUUAUGCAGGUGAUAUCUGUGCAUUCUUUGGCAUUGAAUGUGCUAGUGGAGAUACAUUCUCAGAGAAAGCGAAUAGUGACCUUUCUAUGGAACCCAUUCAUGUACCUGAUCCUGUUGUUUCAAUAACAAUGAAGCCAUGCAACAAGAAUGAUGACAAGUUUGCGAAAGGCAUUAACCGUUUUGUAAGAGAAGAUCCCACUUUCCGAGUCCAUUUUGACACUGAGAGCAAAGAGACAGUUGUUUCAGGAAUGGGAGAACUACACCUGGAAAUCUAUGCUCAGCGAAUGGAAAGAGAAUACGGUUGUCCUUGUGUGACUGGAAAGCCUAAAGUAGCAUUCAGAGAGAGCAUCGAGGCCCCUGUACCGUUUGAUUAUACUCAUAAAAAGCAGUCUGGUGGGGCAGGCCAGUAUGGAAAAGUAAUAGGGUAUCUGGAGCCUCUAGAUGCAGAGAACUACACCAAAGUGGAAUUUCUUGACAAAACGAUUGGGACAAAUGUUCCAAGGCAGUUUAUGCCGGCUAUUGAAAAGGGAUUCCGUGAAGCAUGUGAGAAAGGCCCAUUGACAGGUCACAAGAUUUCAGGGGUGCGAUUUGUCCUGGAGGAUGGAGCUCAUCACAUGGUGGAUUCUAAUGAAAUCUCUUUCACCCGAGCUGCUGAAGGUGCCAUGAAACAAGCCCUGAAAGAUGCAAAAGCAUGUAUUCUUGAGCCCAUUAUGGAUGUGGAAGUCGUAGCACCAGUUGAAUUCCAAGGAGUUGUCAUGGCCGGAAUUAGUCGCCGUCGAGGCAUUAUUACGGGGCAAGAUGCAGCUGAAGAUUAUUUUACUCUCACUGCUGAGGUGGCAUUGAACAAUAUGUUUGGAUACGCUACAGAACUACGGUCAUGUACAGAGGGAAAAGGAGAAUACACAAUGGAAUACAGAAAAUACCAACCCUGUUCACUCAAUACACAGGAAGAAUUAAUUAACCAAUACCUUGAAGCAACAGGGCAACUUCCUGGGAAAAAGGGCAAGGUCAAAGGUUAAUGCACCUUCCAAAGGUUGGCAAGAAACUGCCAACAAGCUGUAUUUGUUGCAAGACUCUUACGAUUGAACAAGUGAAGAAAAUUCAGAGCAAUUUCAUCCUGGAUCAAAGCUUUGACUUUAUUAAGUCAUGAAAAGACUGCACAGAAAUUCCAUGAAUGAAUCACCAUCUUAAUUUAUAUUAAAAUGUUUUGUUUAGAGGCUUGAUAUUAAUUAAGCUGACAAUGUUCUUUUUCCCCUUCUGUCUCCUUCCACCCCACUCUCUGCAUACCUCCUUGCCAUUUUUGAAGCUUUCCCUUACUUAUUCAAAGAAUCAAAUGCAGGAGAAGCAACAGAUCUCCACCUGAGUUUUUGAAUAAUUGCUACCACAUCUGAGCUAGAAGAAUAAAUAACCUCACCCAGUGCUUGUACUAUACAAGGCAGACCUGUAGUAUAACAUGAACAUUUGAGGAAUAAAUAGUAAUUUAUAGGUUUCUAAUGAUAAGUGAAGAUAGAUUGUGGGGCAGAGUGAUUUUUUCCCUUUCCCUUCUUCUAGAAAUUGUGCAGCAAAGAAUAUCUUUAAUAUUAUUGACCUUAACUUCUCCACACCUUGGAAUUCAUUUCCAGUAAGAAUCCCACAUAUUUUGAUGCCUGUGAAAAUUUGAGAAAUGGUUCUAAAGAGCCCAACACAUCAGCUACUAACUGAAAUGAGUUCAAGGCAGAGAAGAGGUCUUUUGUUUCAGUUGCCAGAUAUUGGAUAUUAUUAAAAUGCCCAUUGCCUAUAAGGAAAUGUGUCUGAUCUCUCAGAGAAACACCCACCCAAAAAUGCAGCCUAAUUGAACAAAGGGAAUGUUGUCCCUCCCCAAUACCUUCUAUAUUAGGACAGCCAUGCAAUAUCUACAUCUACCUGUGUAUUAAAUUACUGGGAAUGACUUUAGAUGCCUGCAGGGCCAUCUAAAUAAAACUAAGUGCACAGAA